AGUGUAUAUAGUUUCUUUUUUCUACGAGCACGCUAUCUCUCAUCUUCGAGCACCGAAGUAGGCUUUUUGAGUCGCCUUUCUUGAGGCCUCGUGAACUGGAUUUUGGUGUACCGCGCGCCACAACAUUCCUCAAGUUCUUCCUGACUCAGCCUGGCGAGACACCUGGGCGGCAAUCCAACGUCAAGGGAGACAGCGAGAUUUCUGUUGAAGUUUAAAAGGACAACACCUUCUUUUCCAAGGAGUGCGAAGAAAAACCAGGCAACUGCGUCAACUGUGUGAGCAGAGAGGGUCAGAGGGGCCGAAAACUUCGUUUGAUCAAGCUUUUCGCGCCGCGCUGAGCGGACUGUGCAGGCAGAAUCGGACUAAUUGUUCACGUCCGGAUUUCCCGUCAGCGAUAUAGUCGUAUUUUGCGGAGAGGGUACCAUCUUUUAUGUUUCCAGAAAGGGUGUUUAGAGCGUGUCAUAUUCCGUUGGUAACUAAGAGGCAAGAUGUCAAGCUCCUCGGGUUCUGCAGCGGACUCAGGCAACACGCUAGAGGACCAGCGUCAAGGUCAGGAUGGCAUGAGCCGCCGAGAUCACGGCGAAGAGGAUUUUGUGCGCGGCAAUCCUUUGCUGAUGUCGACGAUGAUGCCUCAGCUGAGCACAAUGGAUCGCAUGUACGCGGAGAUGAUGGAUGACAUGAGCCGCAUCCACCACGAAAUGAAUCGAUUCUACCAUCAGCACUUCAACUCCGCCGCGCCGUUCAUGCGAGGCGCGCACCAGCAGCCAUACGAGACUCGUCCUUGGUGGCGCCCGUCGUUCUGGUUUCAGCAGCGAAAUGCGGCGCAAACCCCCAUGGCAAUUGAGGGUGGCUCCUCGCGGAACCCGGAAGUGCACGAGUUGACGGGCGGCCAGAUGGUUCCGAUGCCCGGCCGACAAGGACCAUCCCCUGCAAGCCCUUGGGAUGUGAUGCCGUUUGCCUGGGGAGGCCGAGGCAGCCUCUCCGCCGGCUCUAUGCCAAAGGUUGAUAUGAAAGACACAGGAUCGGAGUUUGUUGUCCAUGCCGAUGUCCCAGGCAUGGACCGCGAGAACCUGCGAGUCGACGUCCACGACGGUGUGCUGCGGAUCAGCGGCACUCAGAGGGACGAAAAACAGCAGCAAGAAGAAGGAUUCUACCUGCAGGAGCGAAGCCAAUCAUCUUUCUCUCGUUCCUUCGUUCUCCCCGACAAGGUCAAAGAAGACCAAAUCAAGGCAUCUCUCACAAAUGGUGUUCUCCAGGUCCAUGUUCCAAAGGAGACACCUACUCAGCCACCGGCAAUCAGGAACAUUACCAUCGAAUAGGGAAACUGCAGCUUUUGUAGUCAGGCGCACAGAGAGACCACAUCGUCCUCUGUUUUGUAGCUGUAUCCUUGCAAAGCGGAAACAGUACCAUACGGAACGUGUCGCCUGUUGACUCUUCGGACAACGUGGACUCAAACAGACACUUCCACUGUACUCGGUCUACUCUUGUUCGUAUUAAUAUUGCGUCCAACGCCGGGGCGUUUGCCACCUUGCGAUAAAUGCGAUACGGUUGUACGUGCGGGUCAACGACUUAGUCGAGAUGAGUCCACUCAUUUCGCUUCGAGUACUAUGUAGAACGAUCAGUGUAUGAAACCAGUACUUUUUGGUUUCGAAUGGGGACUACUUUCAAAUUGGUUCGACCCGUCAUGUUCAUUCCAGAGAGUAUGCUUUGCCCAGGAAAGUCAAUACCAACCGCGGG